AUGGCUACCAGAGUUUUCUUCUCAGAUUUGAAGGCCGGCGGCAAGUGUUCAUCCGUCGUCGAGGCGAGACUCUUGCGAUACUGGGAAUCCCGGAAUGUGAAACGCGGCGGCGAGUUGAUGUGGGUUGACAUGCUCUUGAUCGACGUUAAUUCGACCAUAAUGCAUGCCACCAUCUAUGAUAACCGCCUUCCGAGAUUCCGGUCUAAGCUCGCAGCCGGAAAGAUGUUUUCUAUAUCUGGUUUCGAUGUUGCCCGGUGUGCUCAGAAUUACCGUCUCACCGACUCUCCUUUGCUGCUCCGGUUUAGUGAUUUAACCGAUUUUGAUGAGUUAACAGAGCCGGUUUCGCCUUUGCCACAAGAAGGCUUCCGGUUCUGCAAUCAUUCUGAGUUAGCCGGAUUGGCUAACACAAACACACAGCUCCCGGGUGAGAUCACAGCUGUUAAGAGUACCGUUAACGACACUCUUGGAGAGAAGGACCGUGGUUUGUUCCUCAAUGCAACAUCAGGGACACACAUCUACUUUGACAAGGAGACCAACGCAGGAGAAGUUUACUUCUACACUUAA